AUGACGGCAAACGGCCAUUCUGUGGGAAAUGAAUCUACUUCAGCCGCAAACCCAGAAUACACCCCUCGGCGUUCCGUUUCUUCUAAGAGUUCAUCGUCACCAGCCAAUUCGGUCCCUCCCAGAGAUUUUGCGCCAAUCGGCACCACCCCACCAGACUCCUAUGCAGAUUCUACAGGGACAAAGCCAGACGAUGCUGUCGCACGCACUAAAUCUCGCAGACGCAGUUAUGCGUCCGGUCAUGAGACCAGAGAGGAAUGGGCUCAGAUAGAGAGACUGAUCUCACGGAUGUUCGGCCCUGACCGCAAAGCAAAUUCGGAAGAAGAGAAAACACGUCAUGUUGGAGUUGUAUGGAAAAACCUCACCGUGAAGGGCGUGGGCCUUGGUGCUGCUCUCCAACCUACUAACGGGGACAUUUUGUUCGGGCUGCCGCGCCUCAUCAAGCAACUAUUUACCCGGGACGAUUUUACUGGCUGUGUUCGUCCAGGAGAGAUGCUUCUUGUUCUGGGUCGUCCUGGCUCUGGUUGUUCCACUUUCCUGAAAGUGCUUGGUAAUCAAAGAGCGGGCUACGAAAGCAUUGAAGGCGAUGUACGGUAUGAUGGUACCGAUUCAGAAACAAUGGCAAAGCACUAUAGGUCUGAAGUCUUGUACAACCCCGAGGAUGAUCUCCAUUAUGCAACUUUGACUGUGCGAGAUACGCUGCUUUUUGCCCUGAAAACCCGUACACCCGACAAAGCCUCACGUAUUCCAGGAGAAAGCAGACGGGAAUAUCAGCAAACCUUUCUCACGGCUAUAGCUAAAUUGUUCUGGAUUGAACAUGCUCUGGGAACCAAAGUUGGUAACGAACUUAUCCGUGGAGUUUCCGGAGGCGAGAAGAAACGAACCUCAAUUGCUGAGGCUAUGGUUACAAAGGCCAGCACACAGUGCUGGGACAACUCUACUAAGGGAUUGGACGCCAGUACGGCACUGGAGUAUGUCCAAAGUUUGCGAAGUCUAACAAACACCGCCAACGUUUCAACGGCGGUAGCGCUCUACCAGGCCUCGGAGAAUCUCUUUGAUCUUUUUGACAAGGUGAUUCUGAUCGAAGAUGGGAAAUGCUCUUUCUUCGGACCUACCCAGGAUGCUAAGAGCUAUUUCGAACAGCUGGGCUUUGAAUGUCCCCCGCGUUGGACAACACCAGACUUUCUGACUUCUGUCAGUGACCCUCAUGCAAGACGUGUCAAAGACGGCUGGGGUGACCGAAUCCCGCGCAAUGCAGCUGAAUUUCAAGCUGCAUAUCGCAAAAGCGAUACCUACAAAAGCAACCUUGCGGAUAUUGCAAGCUUGGAGGCCGAUAUCGAAGCCCGAAGGCCGGAGAGGGAGGCUGCGAGAAGUAGCAACAGACGGAGAAACUUCACCAUCUCGUUCUACAAACAGGUUAUGAUUCUCACACAUCGCCAGUUUCUGGUCAUGUUUGGUGACAGGAAAUCUUUGAUUGGAAAGUGGAGUGUGAUAACUUUUCAAGCCCUGAUUAUCGGUAGCUUGCUUUACAACCUCCCGGAUACCAGCAAUGGUGUUUUUACGAGGGGCGGUGUGAUGUUCUUUAUACUGCUUUUCAAUGCAUUACUUGCCAUGGCAGAGCUGACCGCAGCAUUUGAAAGUCGACCAAUCUUGCUGAAACAUAAAAGCUUCUCUUUCUAUCGUCCUGCGGCAUACGCACUUGCCCAGGUUGUUGUCGAUGUACCUCUUGUGUUGAUACAAGUCGUUAUAUUUGAUCUCAUAGUAUACUUCAUGGCAAACCUUGCGCGAACAGCUUCACAGUUCUUCAUAAAUCUACUUUUUAUUUUCUUUCUCACAAUGACUAUGUACUCAUUUUUUCGUGCCCUUGGGGCUCUAUGUGCCUCGUUGGAUGUUGCCACACGUCUCACUGGCGUUGCGAUACAGGCAUUGAUUGUUUACACAGGUUAUCUCAUUCCCCCAUGGAAAAUGCACCCGUGGUUAAAAUGGCUCAUUUGGAUCAAUCCUGUCCAAUACGCAUUUGAGGCGUUGAUGGCUAAUGAGUUCCACAAUCUACCGAUAAAGUGUGAACCGCCCUGGGUUGUGCCGGAUGGGCCAAAUGCGGUGCCUGGUCACCAAACCUGUGCAAUACAAGGCAGUGAUCCAGACCAGUUGAUUGUUAAUGGUGGCAACUAUAUCAAAACGGCAUACACCUACAGCAGAGCUCACCUGUGGCGAAAUCUCGGAAUCAUCAUUGGAUGGCUGAUACUUUUCGUCUGUUUGACAAUGUUGGGAAUGGAAUUACAGAGACCUAACAAGGGUGGUAGCUCGGUUACGGUGUUCAAAAGAGGCGAAGCCCCAAAAGCAGUUCAAGAUGCCAUCAAACGAUCCAAUCCCCCAGCAGAUGAGGAAUCCGUGGAGAAGGAUGGCAUGGCUUAUAACAAAAGUGACGGCCACUCGAGUGAAUCCGGUGACAAGGUUCAGAACAUUGCUAAAAACACCGCAAUCUUUACAUGGCAAGAUGUCAACUACACCAUUCCAUACAAGGGUGGGCAGAGACAGUUAUUGCAAAAUGUUCAAGGAUAUGUGAAGCCUGGUCGACUGACUGCACUGAUGGGUGCUUCUGGCUCAGGGAAAACCACUUUGCUCAAUGCGCUAGCACAGCGAAUCAAUUUUGGUGUGGUCACUGGUAACUUCCUAGUUGAUGGGCGUCCUCUCCCAAAGAGCUUCCAGAGAGCGACUGGAUUCGCCGAGCAGAUGGACAUUCACGAACCGACCGCUACUGUGCGGGAGUCUCUCCGGUUCUCUGCUUUAUUACGGCAACCGAAAGAAGUCCCGUUACAAGAAAAGUAUGAUUAUUGUGAGACGAUCAUUGACUUGUUAGAAAUGCGGUCCAUCGCCGGAGCAACUGUUGGAUCCAUGGGCUCUGGCCUCAAUCAGGAACAGCGCAAACGACUUACUAUUGCAGUGGAAUUGGCAAGUAAACCGGAGCUGUUACUUUUCUUAGACGAGCCGACGUCUGGCCUUGAUUCCCUGGCAGCUUUCAACAUCGUACGCUUCCUUCGCCGACUUGCAGACGCUGGUCAGGCGGUGCUCUGCACAAUCCAUCAGCCUUCUGCUGUGUUGUUUGAAAAUUUUGAUGAGCUCUUGCUGCUGAAAAGUGGCGGAAGCGUUGUUUACAAUGGCCCGCUUGGAAAUGACUCUAAGAUGCUGAUUGAUUACUUUGAACGAAAUGGCGGGAGGCAGUGCUCACCACAUGAAAAUCCGGCAGAGUAUAUGUUGGAAGUCAUUGGAGCCGGAAAUCCUGAUUAUAAGGGACAGGACUGGGGCGACGUGUGGGUCAACUCUCCAGAAUCCAAGAAGCUCUCUGGGGAGCUAGAAGGUAUCAUCGCCACCCGUCGCAAUGCUCAAAAUGAUGAGAAGGUCAACGACGAUCGCGAGUAUGCAAUGCCUCUUUCCGUUCAAGUAAUCACAGUUACCAAGCGCGCAUUUGUGGCUUACUGGAGGGUCCCAGAUUACAUUAUUGGUAAAUUUAUGCUCCAUGUCUUCACCGGCCUUUUCAACACCUUCACAUUCUGGCAUCUAGGAAAUAGUAAAAUCGACAUGCAAUCACGACUCUUUUCUGUUUUCAUGACAUUGACGAUCGCUCCGCCGCUGAUACAGCAACUCCAACCGCGGUAUCUUCAUUUCCGUGGUCUCUAUGAAUCUCGCGAAGCUAGCUCUAAGAUCUAUUCUUGGGCUGCCUUUGUGACAAGUACAAUCAUCCCAGAACUGCCAUACUCGAUUGUUGCCGGGUCAAUUUACUUUAACUGUUGGUACUGGGGAACUUGGUUUCCGCGCGACUCGUUUAGUUCCGGCUACGUUUGGAUGGCGCUGAUGCUCUUUGAAGUAUACUACGUUGGACUUGGCCAGUUCAUAGCUGCACUUGCACCUAAUGAGCUAUUUGCAAGCUUGCUUGUGCCAACUUUCUUUACCUUCAUUGCUUCCUUCUGCGGUGUUGUUGUUCCUUACGCCGUGAUGCCGCAUUUUUGGCAGUCAUGGAUGUACUGGCUUACUCCUUUCAACUAUCUACUUGAGGGAUUUGUUGGAGUCAUUACUCAUGAUGUCCCCGUACGCUGCAUUGAGGUUGAAGAAUCCCGCUUUAGCCCUCCGGCUGGCAUGACCUGCCAAGCAUACGCUGGGUCUUAUGCGGAAAAAGCCGGUGGAUAUGUCCGAGAUGCUGGGAAUGGGAUGUGCUCAUACUGCCAAUUCGCGGACGGUAGUCAAUAUUCCAAGAGCAUCAAUGUGUUUUACUCGCACAAGUGGAGAGAUUAUGGAAUCCUCUGGGGAUAUAUAAUCUUCAACUUUGGACUUGUUUUCGCCUUCUCCUGGUUAAUUAUAUUCAAUUUACCUGCUUUUUAUACUUCCUCAACCAUGAAGGAAGAAACAGAACCCUCCAGAGAUACCCCCGAAGGCUCAACUGCCGGUGACGAGUCGAAGGCCAGUCUUGCUGCAAAGGAUCGCAAAUGUCAGUACUGCAAACAGGCAUUUACGUCCUCAUCAUUGGGUCGACAUCUCGACCAAUUUCUUUUUAAGAAGAAACCCGACGGAAUACACGAUGUCGAAGAGAUCAGACGAAUCCGCAGUGGAAUCACCCGACGCCAGGCCCGAGCAUCCACCGCGAAGAACGAGGGCAGUCCCGAACGAGGCCAAAAAAAGGGCACCUCAGAGCCGUUUACAGCCACAGAAUCAGGAUCUAAGUCGCGCGAGGCUCCGGUUCGAAUGAUGUUUAACACACCUACCUGGCACGCGACUGGUGUCAUCAAUGAUAUCCCCAACCCCAGUCGCGCGCCGGAUGGGCCUCGUAUCGCGCCAUCGCAGUCUCGUACAGGGUCGUUACAACUGCCGGACUAUGCGAGUAGAGGUGCGAGUUCCAGCAACCCGGAUACGAUGCGAGCGCUAGAGCUAGCACUACGCGAGGUGCUUGAUAAUAUCAAAGCUGCGAGCUCUCGUAUCCGGCCUCGGCUGUCUCCGUUCGACUUCGACAUUCAAAGCCAGACCUUCCCCUCAAUGUGCCUGCAACUCCUCCCUCCUCCUCCAAGCCUCUUUGCAACACAUCCGUUUCCCUCCUCCACCUCCUUCCCCCUCCAGCCACCCGGCGCCGAACAACUGGAUUUAAUCCGCCAAGCCCUCCGCUCCAAGGUCGCACAAUGGCAGACCGACCAACUCGCAGUAGACUCAACCGGUGUGGCUCACAUGAGGCAUGGGAAUAGCGGGGUGGAUCCGAGCAUGAUAUACCGAAGCGCACAACAACACGAAGACAUCAGUUUUCGACACUUAGAACUGGCGUUUAAUCAUUGGAAUUCUCUGUCUCAUGAGACCCGUCGCGACGCCUGGCAAUUGGAGAUGACACGUGCGUUUGCGAGGGAGGCAGAGAAGCGCAAAGCCUCGGACGAGCAACUCGCCCGAGUGCAACAGGAAGCAAACCAACUGCGUGCGCAGGUCGAGCGGCUCGGAUCAUGCCAGUGGCCUCGUGAGUUCGCACUGUUUCCCCCAGACACGCUACCCCUACCACGGGAAGUAGCGCGGGAAUUAGACGCGCAGGAAAGCCAUAUCAGCGCCGACUCUACACGAUGGGACUACGACAACGUGGUUGCCAAAUGGAGACGUGUUGUCAUGCACGAUAAGGGAAUGGGUCGGAUUGGGGUUGGAUAUGGAAACCCCAGCCAGCCGGGAGAUGGAGAACAAAGUCAGCCUAAGCAAAGCUCUGAUGUCCGGCCACCCCGCCCAGGUGAAGACACCACCUCUCAUCCGAAUCGCCUGCGUCCUUUACAAUCUGCUACGGCUUUGAGCCCAGACGCUGCGGCUGCCUCCACCCCUGCUUCAUCUACACACUACGCUUCACCACAUUCCUAUGCAGAUCCUCGCAGCCCGCCCAACGCCCUACCCAGUGGUAUGUCCCAGGUGGGCGGGCUGCCUCCCGCCAAGCGACAACGCCUCAUGAAUGGUUCAGAAGACCCGUCUGGUCCUUCCGAGUCUGGUCAUGCUCCGUCUUCUGCAGCAGGCAAACCUUGGGGAUCUUCCACACCCCAUUUAUCCAAUCUUGCUGCACCCUCGGGACAAACGCCUCCUUCGUCGUCCAGGAAUUGA